AUGUCUCAAAGCAGCACUCAGAAUUCCCGUCCUCAGACACCUGUCAGUGUCAACGAAUACUUCCACAAGGAAUACCAGCCUAGGCCGUCCCCAAAACUGACCAGAGCAAGCUCCAAGAUCUUUGAGAAGGUGCGCGGUUUUGAAGAGGCAAGGCGAAGUUAUGACCAUGAAGGCUCCAUCUCGGGACGGUCCUGGGCCGGGUUCAACCACGCUGGGUCUGUCGACUCAGACGAUGGAGGGAACCGGUUGGGCGUCUCCAGAGAGAGCUCGAGRGAAGAMCUACGAGAGGCUCUGAAGGAGGACGCUGCCGAACGGAGGUCCAAUUUCAGACAGAAGGCUGCGUCCUUAGAGGACUGCAGGCCCUGUACCACCCAGAAGGUCCAGGAAAUCRAGAACAAGUUCACUGAAGAGCUUCAACGAAUCAAGAAGCUUGUGGGUAAACCUCACAUGAAGAAGUCYUUCUCCACCGAGCAGCUCUCRCUCAGGGCAAGAGGCAGGCAGCCCUUGAGGAAGAUUGAGCCCCUCCCACCGCAAAUUCYCCAGAAGCUCCAGGAAAGGGAGCGAGCCCAUCAGGAGAAGGAGCAGAAAGAGACAGAACAGCCUAAAAAUGUAGCGCCACCAAAAUCACCACGACUGCACCUACAGGCACAGCAGGGGCAGCCUUCGCCCCAAACCCACGAGAUUGAGGGCCCAUCCAUGAGUAACAUAACAAAACUGGAAGUGGAGUUAAUCAAGCCAGCCCCCAAGGUAAUCAUACCUACCAUCAUUGUCAAAGAAGAGCCCAUGGAAGAGGAAGUUCCUCCAGAGACUGACAAGUCUAAAGAGGUGACCAAUGUGAAAGAAGGCCAAACACAGAAGACCCGGGGGAAGGGUCGCUGCGCUUGGCCCAUGUCUCCAGAGUUAGAUUCUUCAGACGACUCUUACGUGUCUGCUGAAGAGGACCCCUUGGAGGCCCCUAUGUUUGAGUUUCCUCUURAGGACACUGUGGCAACUGCUGGUACUGAGGUCCUGCUGAGAGUCAUCAUUGCUGGCACUCCUCUCCCAGAAGUUUCCUGGAGGCGAGACAAUAUUGAGAUCACUAACAGCCCAAACUAUGGGGUCAAAGUGGAGGGAGAGCGGUAUUCACUUCUCAUCAAAUGUGCAAAACCAAGUGAUGCUGGAACAUACUGUGUGACAGCUGCCAAUGAGGCUGGGCGAGCAUCUAGCAGUGCCACCCUUUCCGUCAAACCAGAGCCCAUGCAGGAGCCGCAGGGGAACCUGGGUGUUCCUAGGGACAUCAGCAGCCCUAUCACAUCUGAUGAAGAGUACCUCAGCCCACUGGAGGAAGGCAUGGACUUUGGAGGGCCUGAGACAAGGAAGAUAGUCGACACACGAUUCAAGGAGCCCCCUGCAUUCCAGGUAACUAUGAAUGAUCAAGCGGUCAUUGAGGGGCAAGAAGUGACCAUGUCUGUCCGACUAAAUGGACAGCCCAAACCCAUGGUUUAUUGGCUGAGGGACAGGGAGACGAUAAAAACAGACUUGCACCACAAAGUGCGUGAGACCAAGGACUGCACUUUUGAAAUGACCAUCAACUCAGCUCAGAAGUCGGACACGGGAGUGUACACCUGCAAGAUCAUCAAUGAGUAUGGAACAAAGCAGUGCGAAUGCAAACUGGAGGUGAAAGUGCCACCAGUGGAGCCAGGCCUAACCAUUAUCCGUCCAGUGAUGGACAUCACAGCGGACGCAGGUGAGACGGUCAUGUUAGAGUGCCACAUAAUUGGACCACUGGAAACAGACGUCGAUUGGCUUGCAGAUGGUAAACUGAUCCAGCCAGCUCUGCUCAACUGCAAAAUGCAUUUUGACGGGAAAAGGUGCAGGCUGCUCCUCAACUCAGUGCACGAGGACAACAGUGGCUCCUAUACGUGCAAGCUGACCUCGGCCAAAGAGGAACUGAACUUAAGUGGCCAACUCAAAGUCAUCCCUUCCAUCAAGCCCCUUUUCACCCGCAAGCUGGAUGCCUUAGAGGUGAUUGAGGGACGUAACGCCCGCUUUGACUGCAGGGUCAGUGGAACACCUCCUCCAAAAGUCAGCUGGGGACAUUUUGACCAUACACUGGUAGAGAGUGACAAUGUGCAGAUCUUACAAGAGGGAGGACGUCACUCCCUCAUAAUCUCUCAUGUCACCAAUGAGGACGAGGGCUUCUACACAGUCAUCGCUUGCAAUCCACACGGCGACGCCGAGAGUGCCGCUGAACUCUAUGUCCAGGAGCCCAAACCUGCUAUGUCAUCUCAAAUGGCGAAGCUAGAGAAGAUGCCGUCCAUCCCGGAGGAGCCUGAGCUACUGGUCAGCGAGGUUGAGCGCUUUACUAUGCCUGACUUUGUCAAGCCACUGUACGACCUGGAUGUGAUUGAGGGCACAGAGGCUGUGCUCAAGUGCAAGGUGGCCGGCCUGCCGUACCCCACCAUCGUGUGGUUCCACAAUGGCAAGAAGAUCGACAGCAUGGAGGACAGGAAAUUSACACAGUUCAGAGACAUCCACAGCCUGGUCAUCAGCUGUGUCUGCCAUGCUCACGGAGGGGUAUACAAGAGUGUCAUCUCCAACAAGGUGGGCAAGGCCACUUGCUAUGCCCAUCUAUAUGUGACUGAGGUUCUUCCAGACCCUCCAGAUGGGCCCCCAGUAAUAGAGGCGGUUACUGGCAAGACUAUCACCCUGAGCUGGAAGAAACCCCGGAGGCUGGAUCCCUCUAUUGAUCCCAACACGUUGAUSUAUGCCAUCCAACAACAAGCGCUGGGCUCGAACCAGUGGACCAUCAUAGUGUCCAGUCUGAAAGACCCUUGCUAUACAGUGACCAGCUGCUCCAAAGGAGUCUGCUAUGCCUUCAGGGUCCUGUCAAUCACCACCAAGGCCUUUAGCAAACCSUCUCCGUCCACAGACCCAGUGCAACUUGUCAACAGAGGUCCAUAUCUUCAGGAGGGUCCGGURAUCAUUGAUAAGCCAGACAUAGUCUAUGUCCAGGAGAACCUGUCAUUCAGCAUCACCAUCACUCUGAACCACGUCAACGCUUCAGUUAUCUGGAAGAGUGGAGUGGUCCUUGCAAUCAAACCUGGACUGUAUGAGAUGAGUAUGCCUGAUGAUGACCAGCACACUCUGAAGAUCAUGAGGGUGAAGAGUGGCGAUGUGGGUCAACUGAUGUGUGUUGCCUCCAACAAGUUUGGCGUCGACUCCUGCAUCUUUAGUGUGGAAAUGGCAGCACCACCAACCUUUGAGUCCAUCAUGGAGGAUGUGGAUGUGCACAUGGGGGAGACACCUCGCUUGGCUGUGGUUGUGGAGGGCAAGCCCAUUCCCGACAUCCUUUGGUUUAAGGAUGAUACAUUGUUGUGCGAGAGUAGUCACAUCACCUUUGUGUAUGAUGACAACGAAUGCUCCCUUGUGCUGCUCAACACAAGUCCAGAAGAUUCAGGGGUGUAUACCUGCACMGCCAAGAACCUGGCUGGUUCUGUGUCCUGUAAGGCUGAGCUCACCGURCGCACAGUUAAAGAAGACAAGGAGGAUACAAUGGAGGACGAGGAGACCGUUCUCAGGAAGAUGCGCCGGCUGACUGACUACUAUGACAUCCACAAGGAAAUAGGGAGAGGGGCUUUCUCCUAUGUGAAACGAGUGACGCAGAAGGUUGGUAAAAUGGAGGUAGCUUCCAAGUUCAUCUCCGCCCGAGCAGAUGGAAGGCAUCUGCUCCUGAGAGAGAUGAACCUACUGUCUGGGCUGCACCACGAGAGAGUCCUGUAUUUCCAUGAUGCCUUUGAGAAGAAGAAUGCAGUCAUCAUUGUCACAGAGAUAUGCAAUGAGGAGUUGCUGGAGAGUUUAACAAAGAAAUCUACAGUAAUGGAGUCAGACAUCCGCUCCUGCAUGAGACAGUUGCUGGAGGGUGUGGACUACCUUCACCAUCAAAAUAUCAUCCAUCUGGAUAUAAAGCCUGAUAACAUCCUCAUGGCAGACCACCAGGGUGAUCAAAUCCGCAUCUGUGAUUUCGGAAACGCCAUAGAGCUCACACCCGACGAGGCUCAGUACUGCAAAUACGGCACACCAGAAUUUGUUGCCCCAGAAAUUGUCAACCAAACUCCUGUGUCCAAGGCAACUGACAUCUGGCCGAUUGGAGUCAUCACAUAUCUGUGCCUGACUGGAGUGUCUCCGUUUGCUGGAGAGAAUGACCACAGAUCCGUGCUCAACAUCAGGAACUACAAUGUGGCCUUUGAGGAGAGUAUGUUCGCUGACCUGUGCCGAGAAGCCAAGGGAUUCAUCAUCAAACUGCUGGUGGCAGACAGACUGAGGCCUGAUACAGAAGAGGGUCUCCGUCAUCCAUGGUUCAAGACCCUUACCAAGGGGAAGGCAAUAAGCACAGAGACCCUCAAGAAGUUUGUGGCUCGCCGAAAGUGGCAGCGGUCCCUUAUCAGCUACAAAUCCAAAAUGGUCAUGAGGUCCAUCACUGAGUUGCUGAAUGACUCAUCCAGCCACAUCUCCAUCGCUGUUCCCAGACACCUCAAAGAGGGCUCACCCCCACCAUCAUCGUCCUCUGACUCCGACGAAGAUAUUGACAAGCUGCCCUUCAUUCCAAUGCCACUCAGUAUGGAGUUCUCCGGAUCAAGAAUGUCUCUAAAUGAGAUCCAGGAAGGCACAAGCCGGUCAAACGGCACUAUUGACAGUUCAGGGUCAGCAGUCACCCAUGGCCAAGAGGCGAUGGAGUGUGAAUAUAUGGGGAAAUUGAAAGAGGCUGGAGAUUCCACAGGUAGGUGGCGCGCCAGGAAAAGUUUGACGCAAGAAAAUGACAAGGGGUCUUCGGAUGAGGAGUUGGCAGAGUUGGCGCAAGUAUCUGAGAAUGCAAGAAGGCCCUUGUGCAGAGGCUCGAGCUUGGAGUUGGACAAGCCAGAGGGAGGACCCAGAAGGGGGCAUCUGCAUAGAGGGGGCUCUGCUGACAGCGCGUUGCUACUCCACAUCGUUCCAGAAGAUAGAGCAGACGACRAAAUCACUGAGAAAGGCCGACAAGUCCUCAAAAAGGCGGUAUCCAUGGAGUUGCCUAGGAGGAGCGUGAGUCCAGGUCCUCUGAGUCAAGAUGACUAUGCUCACAAACUGGAGCUGAUGAGGCAGAGGUUGCUCCGAGGUGGCUCCGUGGACAAGAAGAUGAGCGGCCUGCGAGGACCCCUGCUGGAGACACUGGGUAUGGAUGAUGGAAUGGAGCAUUCGUCGUCGCUGGAGCGCUACUCGCGCACUACCCGCUUAUGGGUUCCUCCGUUAACCAAGGCAGUCUCCAGCGACGAGCCCAGAGAGGACGUGCUCAAACCCAAAUUCCUUCGCAAGAGCGCCUCCUUCAGUCAAGGAGAUGAUGCAGAGCCCGUUCCUCUGCACCGACGCACCGGGGCACCACUGGAAAUCCCGCUGGCUCAGAUAGAGGAGCGAAGGCUCAAGGAGGCCAUAUCCAUGUCUGCUAUCACUGAGCCAUUUAAAAAUGACUCCUGCACCGUGACUCCCAGGGAACCUACCCCUAAACUUCCCACACCAAGCCCAGUGCCUACGGAACAGGAGACAUUAACUAAGUUGGAGGAAGGGGACUCGUCAAUAGACAAGGAGAUUAAGACUGAGAAGUCCAUUCGUGAAAAAACGAUAAUGGAACCAGAGUACAUGGCCCCGAGGGAGACUAUCCCUCCUUGGAGGGAGUAUAGCCCUCCUGUGAGGGUUCUUACAUUAGAGGAGCAAAUUAAGAAAGAUAAAGAAGAGAUUGAGGAAAAUGACACUGUUCCUGUUGUUGAAGAAAAAGMUAGGGAAGUUGAAGAAACGUGUGAGCUCUCGCCAGUGGGACAAAACCUCCACGACAUUGCCUCUGAGGAAGUAUUUGAGGCACGCUUCAAAAAGCGUGAGUAUUCUCCAACGCGAGGCCUGCAGCUUCUCAACUGGUCAAAGCCUGAGGAUAAACCAGUAGCCACUUUGGACUCUGCCAAGUUAGGCGAAGAUGUAUACCGACCUGGGCCCAUUGGAGCGCCGUUGGUGUUUGUCCCCAGGAGAUUGGAGGAAAAGUCCAAGUCGGUGCAGGAUCUCCGCGAGGCCCAGAAGGACGAAGGCUUUAUGAGAAGGCUUUCCAUGCGUCUGAAGAGGACUCCAACCAGUGACUCCCAGGCGCCGGGAGAGGAAGGAGGUGGAGAUGAUGAGGAUGGAUGGGGGAAUAGAAGCUGAGGCGGAUCACCGGUUAUGGCCAUGCGUAGGAAGAUCGAGUCGACGGUGUCCAGGAUAUCCAUGAGGAUCCGCAGCACCUCGGAGGAGAGAAGGAUAGCGUCCGAGGAAAGGGAAUUCAACAAGCCAGAGAGCAAUAAGACACCCCUGUUCUCCAAACUGCACAGGUCGACUUCUGAGGGACGUAGCCUAAAGAGUAUGGCUGGAUCCGGUAUCCCUCAAAACCAGCUGGCUUCUCAGUCAGGCACCGGAGCCUCCUCAGGGUCCAUGGAAUCUAUGUUCAGCAUCAAGUCGGAGAGAGCAUCCAAGGCAGGGGCAGAGGUAGGAAGGAGGUCCCGAUUGGACCGUGUGGGCCUAACCAGAGCUAGCAAGAAGGACAAGAUGGUACCGGAGUCUCAUAUCCCCACGGCUAUUGCCAGAGAGAAUGACACCCUAAGCUCCCGCUUGUACACCAGACUGGCAUCUGACUUCCCUCCCGUGUUCCACAUCAARUUGAGGGACUACACCCUGCUGGAGGGAGAUCCCAUCACCCUUAGCUGCCUACCAGCUGGCAGCCCCCAUCCACACAUCUCCUGGAUGAAAGAUAAGAAGCCUCUGCAGAUUGAUGCCGGAAUGAACAUUAUCUCCUGUCCUGRUGGCAGGCAGCUGCUGAUGAUCAUGACAACCACCAAGAAGGAUGCAGGGCUGUACGAGUGUGUGGCCACCAACCUUCUAGCUUCGGUCUCCAGCUCCUGUAUCCUCUCCCUCGCUCGUUUACCCACUCGUCCUGGGACUCCUGAGGUUCCCCAGCGCUAUAAGAACACUGCCCUGGUCCUCUGGAAGCCCUCAGACAGUAUGSCCCCCUGCACCUACUCUCUGGAGAGAAAAGCAGAGACUGAGAGUAACUGGCUCACCAUGGCCACAGGAGUGGCUGACUGUUACUACAAUGUGGUUGACUUGCCAGCAGGGGGCGUCUUCAGGUUUAGAGUGGCGUGUGUGAACAAGGCAGGCCAAGGACCCUUCAGUAACCUCUCAGAGGUAGAGUGCCUGGACGCUUCAGUGCCAACAAAAUGCAGUGGAUCAGUAGUUGUGAAGACAGUCCCUGCAGCACCAGUGGUCAAAACGUCAACAAUGACCGUCCCCUCCUUGAAGCCUGCGCCUAGUAAAGUGUUGCACCCCGCCCCAUCCAGACAGACCCCGUCUGCCUCCGCUUCCUCUUCUGCUGUACCACCGGCCAAGCCUAUCGCUUCUACCCCCGCCUCUAAACCUAUUGAUUCCAAACCCAUAGUCCCUCAGACCCCAACCAGUGCUGCUUCCGCCCCCAUGCUUAUUAGUGAGGUCCCGUCCCACCUGGCCAUCCCUGAGAUCCAAAGCCCGCCUCCGGCUCAGCCCGCCCCAGCCCCGGCCAAAGCCAAGACCCUCAACAUCAAAGUCACGAAACCUACACUGUCUCAACCAGCAAUCAUAACCAAGCUCGCUCCCCCUAUCGUUCUCCCCAAACCCCAGAGUCCCGUCAAUACCGUCUCGCCCAUGAUUAAGACCCCGCCCCCACUCGUKGCGCCUCCGCCCGCCAUCUGUAAACCCAUUUUGUCUGUGCCCAUGUAUGCACCAAUACCGGCUGCCACACCACGCGUCACCCCACCCUUCCUCUCCAUCCCUGCCAUCUCAUCCCCAGUCAUGCUAAUUUCCAGCACGAGUACAGCAGGGAAGAGUGGGGUUACACCCACACGUAUGACGCCGUCAGGAUGCAAGACGCCCUUGGGGGGACGACCUGGUGAGAGCACCCUGCGCCAGGGAGUGCCCCAGAAACCAUACACCUUCAUGGAUGAGAAGGCCAGGGGCCGCUUCGGCGUGAUCCGAGAAUGUAGAGAGAACGCCACAGGCAACCUGUUCAUGGCUAAGAUCGUGCCCUACGAAACAGACAACAAACAGACGGUCCUGCAGGAGUACAACAUCCUCAAGUCCCUCCACCACGAUAAGAUCAUGGCUCUGCACGAGGCCUACGUCACGCCCCGCUAUCUGGUGCUCAUCUCAGAGUGCUGCAGAGGGAAAGAGCUCAUCUACAGCCUUAUCGACAGAUUCCGCUACUCGGAGGAUGACGUGGUGGGCUACAUCGUUCAGGUUCUGCAAGGUUUGGACUACCUGCACAAACGCCGCAUCCUGCACUUAGACAUCAAACCGGAGAACAUCAUCAUCACCUACAUGAACAUGGUGAAGAUCAUAGACUUUGGAAGCGCCCAGACCUUUAACCCACUCUUCCUCAAGCCGUUCAGCCCACCUGUUGGAACUCUGGAGUAUAUGUCUCCCGAGAUGUUGAAGGGGGAUGUGGUGGGCCCUGCAGCUGACAUUUGGAGUGUGGGCGUGUUGACCUUCAUCAUGCUGAGCGGCAGGUUACCUUUCAUGGAGAAUGAUCCACAGGAGACUGAAGCCAGAAUCUUGGCCGCCAAGUUUGAUGUGGGAAAACUCUACCGGAACGUGUCUCAAAGUGCCUCUCUGUUUUUUAAAAAGGUCCUCUGUAGUUACCCUUGGGCCCGUCCUUCCAUCAAGGACUGCUACAACAACUCAUGGCUCCAGGACGCCUACUUGAUGCGGCUGCGGCGGCAAACCCUCACCUUUAACACCACACGCCUCAAGGACUACCUGGACAAGCAGCAGAAGCUGCGGGCGGGUGUGGCCACCAAGCACAAGCUCCUCCUUCGGUCGUACCAAAGCUCACCCCAGUCCCCCACCGGCCCUAUACCCCCAUCUCCCAUGACACCGGUCACACAGUGAGCACGGCUGAAUAUGUCAAAUGCAUGAAGGCAGGAGCUGUUGCAUGAAAGGAGGUGCCUACUCUAUAUGAGGCAGGUUCUAGGAUCGAGCCCUGAAAAACCCCCUUGGCCCCCUAACCUGGUGAGAUGAGUUAUGAGUUUAGCUUUUCAGACAAAUGGACAUAAAAUCACAAAAUCCAGAACUGGUUCGAGAUAUGAAGAAUCUCUCUGCCUCCACCAUAGUCCCUACAGAGAAUGUUCUUGUAAUGAGACAAUAACAGAAUAGUUMUUUGUGUAUUUCAUGGUGUGAUACACAUUUCUCCAGCUCAAAGUUCCAAACCUCUGCGCUCUCUUUUUAAUACUCAGAAGCUCGUAAUUGUUUUAUCUAAACCUCUUGUAUCCAAGUAUAUCAACCAGAUAUCUUCUCUUAAUAUCUAGUACAUGUGUAAUUUUAUCUUUCCCUAGGAUGAUGAAAUUUGUGGAGAUGAUGUCCCUUCUCAGCUAGUUUUUAUGAACAAACUGCAGACACUACUGAUAACAUCUUGKGUCCAUGAUUAUGGGCGCUACAGUAUGUACGCCCUUAAUCUCAGUCGACAUGUUCUAUCUUUGAUAAUCAGAAAGUUCUUGACAACAUGAGUCGGUUUAAAUGCAUUGAGAAAGCAUUGGGUUAUUUAUGACAUUAGGCAAAAUGGUUCAGACAAGAUUAGCAAUAUCUACCAGAACAGUGAACAACUAAUCAACGCAACCCAAAUCAAGGAGUAGGACCUGAAAAUAUUCUUAAAGACAUUCUGAUUUGGCUAACCAAGUCUUUGUCAUUAUAUAUUACAAUGUCAAUUUUCCUAUAGUUCUCAAAAUUCAUGGACAUUGCAGACGAUUUGUCUAAACCUUUGUAUACAACGGAUGCCAAGAUCUCCAAUACCUUACAUUCACAGGAACUGAGGGUGUCUUGAGUCACAGGGUAGAAUGUGGAAGGGUCAUGCUGUGCCCAUACUUGAGUUCAGAUUGAACAUUUUGACAAAUGACAUUGUGACAUGUGAUUGAACAGAUGAGGUGAUGAGUGGCUUAAUCUAAGGUCAUUUGCCCCGUUUAUACCUGGUUCUAACAUGCAUCUGUUGUCCUGAUCUUGUCCACAUUCUGAUUKUGCCCACAUUUAUCAACAGCUGUAGACCAUCAAAAGACACAUUGUGAUCUGAUUGUGAUUAGGUCUUCCUGACAACCUCUGGAGGUAGUCGAAGAUGCAUCUUGUAUGGAUGUCCUUGAAGUGUAAACGAAUCCUGACAACAAAAGCRUAUACAUUUGGGCAAGGUCACGGUUGUCCUGCCCUCUCAAAAAAAUAACACUUUUCAGCUGAAUUAAGAUCAUGGUCUUCAUUAGAAACCAAGUGYCUAUACUGGCACUGUGGUCAGAUGCCACAAUCCCAAUACCGGGUCCAGCUAAAAUGGGCAUAUAGAAAUAAAGAUAUUUAUGAAGACAUAUCAUCACGAAUGAGAGAAAAAGGGUUAUCCCGAUCMCACAUCCAAUGCCAGUGCAAAAUGUUAUAUUUGAAAACUACAGAAAUUCCAAGGACUGUAAUAGAAUCAUUUAAAUUGAACUGCAUAUGUAUUGGGGAUGUUAGGGACGGACUAUGAUGGAGUCGCUGCAGAAGAGCACAGUGCAUGACAAGAGUAUGGMAAGGUAUAAUGUGUAGGCCUAAUUCUCCACCUGUAGCCAAAAUAAAUGGUGGGUGGGUGGUGAAUAGUCUAAUUCAGUUUCUAUAUCAGAUAUGAAAAUAAUACAGUGGUAUGAUGAAAUUCUUUUCGAUUCUAUUCUAUGAAUCUUUGAGCAUUUUCCAGCUAUGAAUACAGUGCAGAAGAUGUCCAAACUGAUGCGUUAAGGUGCAUAGCUGUCUGUAAGCAUGAACGAGGCCACUGUACAAUAUACUGCAGGCUACAAACACAAAGGACUCUUAUUAAGGCUACUUUCAGAUUGACGCUUUAUUCCCUUUAUAAAGCCAUAGUAUUUGCUUUACAUGUGUACCUCUUUGCACGUUUUAUCGAUUGCCACUUUUAUCCAUGCAUUUUCAURAUUUCACCAUUMGUUUUGCUAUAGCUUAUCAUAUCAGAGGUUUCAUUAGUGAAUUAUCACUGAUCAAUGAUUUGGAGAAAACGAAACCACGAUCGUUCUCCCAGCAUGUCACAUUCCGUCCUUUGGUAAUGUUUAGGCCUAUACUAAAGGUUAUUUACAAUGCAAGAUUACAAAUAAUAUAAAGACAACGCAUGUAAACAUCCAUGGGUUAAUAUCAACCCUGUCCAGACCUGUUUGGUUAAAUGCGAUGCACCAUUCGGAGAUGCAGUUUGUAGUUACCCUGUAACUUAACACGUUUCUGUUUCUAGUCUGUGCAUUAGGGCCUGUCAUUUGUAUUUAUACUGUGCAUUAAUUGUAUUUUGUACAUACAUCCAGAUACUUAGCACGUUUUUGUGGUGACUGUCAGGGGAUGGGAGAUUCUCUGAAUAUUUAUUACUACGGCUGUGGACAGAUCGAGGUUAUGGGGACAGUAGUCUAUUAUGUCUCAUAUCGCUGGGUAACAAACAUAGGUUGUAAUGAUGAGAGUAUAAAACUAUUGACUAUAAACUUGUGCUGUUUUCUGUUGAUUUAAACAGCUUGUGUCAUAAGGGGAGGUCCAAGGCAGGUUGGCUUAAUUUGCAUACAGGGCGGGACCAGGGAAUCUGGUCACARUAUUGACGUUGUGGGCAGAUGAGACACAUUUKAUUCCUAUGUGUAGGCGUAACAAAUCUCGAUCAGAUAUUGAUUGGAUGACGACAACCACAUGUUAAAGCAAUGUGUAACCACAGCUUUUGACUGUAAGAAUGCAUAUGAUUGCAGACUAGUCAUCAGUUACUCAWAAUGCAGGUCCUCACUUUUAAAUUAGGAUGAUGCUUGGAGAAAGAAUGUAUUUUUGUUUUGGGUAUAUUGCCAAAUGGUUACUUACUCAGAAAAUAAAUGUGUGUAGUUGCAUGUCACAUCCACGCAAAUUAAGAAAAUGUUAAUUUAUGAAACUGUUAGAUUUCAAU